UCUGCCUCAGUACACCUGGUCUGCCCUCCUCCUGCUCAGACCAUGGCUUUUGGGGACCUCCUGGAGAUGGUUGGAGACCUGGGAAAGUUCCAAGCCAUCUAUGUCUUCCUGCUGUCGAUACCAUCCUUGUUCAUGUCCUGCAACAAUCUCCUCCAGAACUUCGUGGCCGCUGUCCCCGACCACCGGUGCAGGGUGCGGCUGGGAGGUGAGGAUUCGAGGUACCUCAACGUGACAGAGGAGCCACUGAGGGAGGAGUUUCUCCGGGUGUUCCUGCCCAUGGACCGGGAAGGGAGGCCGGACAAGUGCCGCAUGUACACCUCCCCGCAGUGGCAUCUCCUGGGCACCAACGAGACGCAGGGCAACGGGAGCCAACCUGACACACAGGAAUGCACCGAUGGGUGGGUGUACGACCACUCCCAGUUCACGUCGACAAUCGUGACAGAGUGGGACCUCGUGUGUGAUCGGAAGUCUCUGAAGCGGAUGGUGCAGUCCAUCUACAUGGCCGGACUACUGAUCGGAGCCAGUGUCCUGGGCAGACUGGCCGACAAGUAUGGCCGCCAAACCCUGCUGCUAUGGUCGCACUUCCUGGUCGCUGUGUCGGGGACGUGUGGAGCGUUCUCCUCCUCCUUCCCACUCUUCUGCUUCUGGAGAUUUCUGUUGGGGUUUGGCUUGUCGGGUGUCAUCAACAACACCAUAUCCCUCAUGGUCGAAUGGGUUCCAACCAGAGUUCGAACUCCUUCUACGAUGAUCCCUAACUUCAGUUACACGUCUGGCCAGCUCCUCCUGCCCGGGUUCGCUUACGCUUUCAAGGAUUGGCGUUGGCUCCAGCUCUUGGUCUCCGUCCCAUUCUUUGUCUUCUUCCUUUAUUCCUGGUGGCUCUCAGAGUCGGCCCGAUGGCUCAUCGUGAACGGCAAGGAACACAUUGCUCUAAAGCAGCUGAAGAGGGUGGCGAAGAUUAACGGUCGGGAGGCAGAAGGGGAGAGACUCACUGUUGAAAUUCUCAAGGCGAGUGUGGAGAGUGACCAGCUCGCUGCCAAGAAACAGAGUGUGUUUGAUCUGUUCCGGACACCAAUAAUGCGACGGAUCAGCUGUUGUACGAUGGUGGUUUGGUUUUCAACAAGCUUUGCCUAUUAUGGGCUGUCAAUCGAUUUGCAAGGGUUUGGAGUUGACAUUUACCUCAUCCAGCUCAUUUUUGGAGCCGUAGAUAUUCCAGCGAAGAUCGUGGCCUACCUGACACUGAGCCUGAUCGGGAGAAAAUUCACACAGAUCACCACACUCAUCCUGGCAGGGUCCACAGUGCUGGCAAACGCCAUUAUUCCUAAAGACCUGCAGACUGUCCGGACCUCGCUCGCUGCCUUUGGCAAGGGAUGUCUGGCAGCCGCCUUCAGCGGCUGCUACCUUCAUGCCAGUGAACUUUACCCAACGGUGAUCCGGCAGACGGGAAUUGGGCUCAUAGCUACCAUGGCCCGGAUGGGUGCAAUGGUGGCGCCCAUCAUAAGAAUGAGUGGCGAUUACAUCUCCUUUUUGCCGUCUACGAUAUAUGGCGGAGUGGCUGUAAUCGCAGGAUUAACUGCCUUCUUCCUUCUGGAGACACGGAACAUCCCGUUACCGGAAACGAUCGAAGAUGUAGAGAACAGAGCCAAGAAGAAUUCUAAAAAGGUCAGCAAAUUACGUAAUGAAGAUGUCCCACUGCAGGAAGCUCAAGAGUCGCUCAUGAAACAGAGGGUUUAAACAAACCCGACGUCCCAUCCAGACACCAUCGCACCCUGUGGCUAUCUGAAGGCAGGUCGUCCAUGAUGGUGUUGACAGGACAGGCUGGAUGGGUCGAAUGGACAGUUUCUUCUUCCGUUUCUGAUGUUGUGAUGUGGAUGUGCACAGAGAUUUUCUCACAAAACAAUCAAUAAAGUGAAGAGAAACUCUAAUUUCUCUGAAGCUCCUUUUAAAUUCCUCCCGCUGGUCUAACUCGCUGACGUCCACACACCUGCGCAGUCGUGCCUCGAUCAAAACAUCUAUGAAGGGGAAUGAACAGUCAAUGUUUUGGGGUGAGAGUCCUGAGGAAACACUGACUCUUUAUUCCUUUCCACUGGUGUUCCCUGUCCUGAUGAAUUCCUCCAGCAUUUUGUGCGCUACACCACAGAAGGCAUCCCGUUCGGAUCUACCACGGCUCGGUACGGGAACGGCUCUGCCCGUGACCGCGAGAAACCCCAGAGUUGCGGACACAGCUCAGCACAUCACAGGGACCAGCCUCCCCUCCGUGGACUCUGUCUACGUCUACACCUCCCUCCGCCUUGGUAUAAAGCAGCCGACAUAAUCACCCUCCCCAGACAUUCCCUCUUCUCCCCCCUCCCGUCGGACAGAAGAUACAAAAGUCUG